AUGAAUACCGUGACGAGAUCGCUUCGCCGAGGACGUACAGCUUUACCGAGAUGUUCGUUAAACUUUUCCUCUGUUAUUGGUUCAUCAAAAUCGCAAAAUCGACUCUUUGCUUCGGCCAGUAAUCAUGAGAAACAUCGACCCGAUCCCAUGGCUCGACGACCUACAGCGAAGUGCGAUCCCUUUGGACAGGGUGGAAAACCGUUGGUGCUCGAGGAUGCUAUACGAUUGUCCGCAACCGUAGACAGUGCAUGGAAGGUGGAGACGGAGAUGAAGGAAACCAAAGAGGGCAACCAACUGGAGCACCCAGCAACGAUUGUCCGUGAAUUCCAGCACCCAGACUUCAUGUCGGCUGCCUCAUUUUUUCAGGAAGUGGCUGCAGUAGCCCAAAUGAACGAUCACUUUCCCUCUCUGACAAUGGAACGCAAGCUGAAUUCGCGCAAGAAGAUGUGGACCAUUGUGUCGUCGGUCCGAUGUCAUACCAAAGUCCUAGGUGGACUAUCCCAUCACGACUUCUUUUUGGCUACGCUCAUUGAUGUGGAAAUUGAGCGACCAGAAGUCAAGAGCUUGCUUAUGUCGGAUAGUGAUAGCCAGCAAUAA